UCCAGAAUUGCACCUGGAAAUUUUCAAUUUUCGCUAACAGCCAAGUAAGAUUUUACAAAAACUUAAUAUUUUCCUAGAAAGUGAUAAGGAUAACAACACAGAUAUAUUCUACAGAUAAGCCAGAUGAAUUAUUAGCAACAAUUCUGAUCAUAUCUGGUUCUAGUGUUAAAUGGUACCAAGGAGAAUUUAUUUUCCAACAAAGGUUACUGUAGAAUAUUUUGAUGAAUUUAUUUUUUUCUUACAAGACAAGAAGAUUUUAUUUGUAUAAAACAAACAAGUAUUUGGAAUUAAUAUCACAAGGAUGUAUUAUGUUUUUACUGAUAUCUUCAAUAUUUGCAGUCAGCUUUACUGAUAUCAGAAAAAUUAACAAACUGUCUACCUGAUAUCGGUAAGUCGGUUUAGUAAAAAUAACAGUUGGUCUAACUGGUAUAAGCAGAUUCAACAAUGGGAAUAUAUAUGGAUUUAGUGUUAUUUCUAUAUGUGCAUACAGUUCUGGGUUUCUCAUCAAGUCAAUUUAUGGAGAGAUUUAUUUAUAUCGAAGACAGGAUUAAUGCAGAAAGUAAAUUCAGAAGAGAUGACUUUAGUACGCUGUUCAAUGAAAUAGGUUCUGUGAAAACAAUGUUACAACAAUUAAUGGAGAAUAAACCUGAAGGUCAAGAUAGCACUAGAGUCCAAGCUACAGGAAAAGCUCAAUCAGAACUAGAAAAAAAAGUUAAACUGUUGAGAAACGGCUUUAAAGAAGAGAAAAAUUUGAAUAUUCGGUUCCGACGAGAGAUUCCUGAAUUGCAAAUGCAUGUUCAAGAUCUGAAAAUAAAAUCAGACCAGAUUUCAGCAAGUUUGGAGGACAUACUUAAAGGAAUAGAAUUUCUGAAAGAGGAGAAGGUAGAAAGAAAAGAAACUUUUAAUCUAUUUCAAAACAAAAUACCUGAAAUUCAAAAGAAUAUCAUUGACUUACAUGAACAAUUUGAACAAACAAAGGCUGCUGAAUCAGAAAGUCUUCAUACAAUCAAAACUGGUACAGAGAAAAUGAAAGAAAACAUUGAUCAUCUAAAACACAGUCAAGAACAGUGUUUAGAAAGUAUAGACAUUAAUAAUAAUAUAACAAAAAGACUGGAAGAAAAACUUGUCAGUGGAAAAAUGAUCAGCAGUAUGGCUAAAGAUUCUUAUGACGAACAAGAGUGCAACUGCUCAGUUUUAUCUUGUCCAUUAACUAGCACACCUUCUCCGGACAACCUGAUUACCACUUUUCCAAAAGUGACCACAUACGAGUCUUGUUUGGAUUUAUAUGAUAAUGGAUUUAAAUCAGAUGCUAUUUAUAAGAUAGAAAUUAACCACACACACACAAUUUCUGUCUAUUGUGACAUGACUACAGACGGCGGUGGUUGGACCGUUUUCCAACGGCGUAAAGAUGGAUCUGUGGACUUUUUCCAAGGCUGGAAUGACUACAAAACUGGAUUUGGAAACUUGGAUGGAGAAUUUUGGCUCGGGAAUGAGUACUUGAAUCUACUGACUGAUAAUGGUGAACCACAUGAGCUGAGAAUUGAACUAGGUGACCAUGAUGGAAACCAUGCCUUUGCCAAAUACAGCAGUUUCAAGGUAGGGUCAGAGAGUACAAACUUUCAGCUGGAAAUGAGUGGCUAUACAGGGAAUGCUGGAGACUCGCUAGAAACGUCCUCCAGGAGAAGUAGAUUUAAACAUAAUGGCAUGAAAUUCUCUACAAAAGACAUGGAUAAUGACAAAUAUUCUGGUAACUGUGCUGCAUAUUUUAAAGGAGCAUGGUGGUUCAAUAACUGUUUUGACUCACAUUUAAAUGCUCCCUAUCAGGACGGCAUUAUCUGGUAUACAUGGAAAGGUUCAAAAUCACUGAAAUAUACUGAAAUGAAAUUUCGAUAAGAUAGGAUAUGACUACCUAAGACUAAACAAGAAUAUUCUUCGUUCUAUUCAGACAUAUAUAUUUGUACCCAGGAAAGUUAAAUCAUUUUGAUGUUGCCAUUUCAGGUAACCAUAUAUUACCCCACAGAAAAUCAAACUGGCAUCCCGUGGGAUGACUUAAUCCCGGAGGGAUGUAAUCAUUUCAGUGGGAUGGAAAUUAAUCCCGGUGAUAACCUACUGGGAUGGGUGAGUAGAUUUCCUGGUGGGAUCCCACUGAACAGUGUUUUUGACUGCAUUAUUUUUUGUUGCCUGUGUUUUCCUUUCAGCCCACCUCUGAAUUUUUUUAACGGGCUGGGCUGGAAAAAUAUUAACAAAAAAAUAUUCAGCGUUGGAACAAAAAUUUAUUUUUUAUUUUUUUAAGACUAAUCGACUAUGGAUACUCAUGUUCAUUUCAAGUCCCAAGUCGAGAACUAGUUGAUUUAGUCUCAGUUCACAUAAUACACUAUUUUAGUUUCCCACUUCAUAAAAUUCGCUUUAAAUAGUGGUAUUUAGGGUUGAGUACUUGUAUUUGGUACAAAGUAUUCACUUCAGAAAGCACCAGAAUAUACCAUUUCCAGAUAGAAUUGGUAUUGUUAUCGGUACCUGAAUUAAACUGAAUGACAGAUUGUAUUAAAAUUACAACAAAAAGCA